CGGAAAUAUGGCUGCAAAAUUCCCGGUGUCAGUUUUAGAGAAUUUGUUCUCUUAUUUAGGAAUCGAGGACCUUAGGAGUUGUUCAUUAGUAUGUAAGAGUUGGUACAAAUUUUUAAAUGAUGAAAACAAUGACGUUUGGCGUCUGCACUGUGUGCGGAAAUUAGCGGAAGAGGCACUAAAAUCGGACCUUUUGGCAAAUGUGCCAACUUACAAAGCAAAGUUGAGAGCAUUUUAUCAUGCUUGGAAUCCAAAUGACUGUUCACGAAAUAUGUUUGUAAAGGGAAAUGGAUUUACAGUACAUCGGAACCCUGUUGCACAAAGUUCAGACGCAACAAGAGGUAAAAUUGGAUUCAAAGCAGGACGUCACUGUUGGGAGAUUUGGUGGGAAGGACCCCUUGGAACAGUUGCAGUAAUAGGAAUUGCAACAAAACAAGCACCAACUCAGUGCCAUGGUUAUACUGCGUUGAUAGGUUCUGAUGACCAAAGUUGGGGUUGGAAUUUGGUCGAUAACCAUUUACUACACAAUGGCGAUAGUCAGGGAAAUUAUCCACAGGUCAAUAAUGCGCCAAAAUAUCAGGUUGGAGAGAGAAUACGAAUCAUACUUGACUGUGAAGACAACACAUUAGCGUUUGAAAAAAAUUAUGAAUGUUUAGGAGUUGCUUUUCGUGGUUUACCAAAUGACACUGCACUUUACCCUUCAGUAUCAGCUGUAUAUGGGAACACUGAAGUUUCAAUGGUGUAUUUAGGACAGCCGCUUGAUGGAUGAAAAGGUUCAAUAAAAUAUAGGCAAUUUUAUUAUCUACUCACUCACCCCUCUAUAGUGAUAGUGUACUCUCCCGUGUAGCAUUAUGUUUGAGUGAACACAUUCAGGUAGGGGUGAGAGGAUGGAGUAGCCCACCGUAAAGAAGGAAGGUUAAGCAUGAGUGGAUCAGUCCAUUGUGAAUGUCCCAAAUGAAGUCACCAAACAAGGAGUAGUAUUAAUGAAAAUGAGAGACACAUCAAUAUGAAAUAAUCUGAGAAUACCUCAAUA